UUGACGUUUAUCUAAAAGCUUAAUUAAAAUGUGAGUUUCACUUGGGAUUGUUAUACAAAAUGCCGUCAAAAGAUCUUCAACUAAAAUCUUAAUGAACGCUGCAACCUACAAACUCAUAAGCGAUUCAUUAUGGAACAAUACAGCGCCGAACAACGCAUUAACAGAAAAUGUAGACGAAAAUACAACGUUGUACCAAAUCGUGAAAGCGGACGAAAUACACGAAAUAAACUUUUGUAAUAAAACAACACACAAUGACAAAUGUGGUAAUUUGAAUUAUGACGUUUUUGAAGCGUCUGUUGUUGGCGUGUUAUGUCUUCUUAUAGUGGUAACAGUCAUAGGGAAUACUUUAAUCAUAUCAGCUGUGGUAACAACAAAACGAUUAAGGACGGUAACAAAUUGUUUUGUUACAAGCCUCGCAGUAGCCGAUUUACUGGUUGGUAUUUUUGUGAUGCCUCCCGCGAUUGCUGUGCAUAUAAGAGGUGAAUGGGAGUUGGGUUGGAUACUAUGCGAUAUCUGGAUAAGCCUGGACAUUCUUCUCUGCACUGCCUCGAUUCUCUCCCUCUGCGCCAUAAGCAUAGAUCGGUAUCUAGCCGUCACCAGACCAUUGACGUAUUCUAGAAGAAGAAGAUCUAAGAAGUUGGCAUUGACCAUGAUUCUGUUCGUUUGGGUGGUCGCUGGCGCAAUCACGUGUCCACCAAUGUUUGGGUGGUAUGAGCCAGAUCAUAACCAAGGCGGUGUCUGCAGAUACAAUCAAAACCCAGGAUAUGUGGUCUUCUCGGCGAUGGGGUCUUUUUUCCUGCCAAUGAUUGUGAUGGUGUAUGUAUAUGCCAGAAUAUCCUGUGUGGUUGCCAGACGGCAUCAGCAGUUAGCCAGUACGACUAGUAAAUGUAGUAAGAAAGGAAAUUUAUCUUGCAUCCGGACAGAGUCUGAUUCCGGAUCAGACAAACAUUCUCUCAGACAGACAGCUUCUAAGCAAACAGUUACCCACGCAUCACAACAGAUUGACAAUACCACUCAAACCGAACAGAAAUGCCCAUGCUGCUUUCGCACAGAGAAGAAACCAAAAGCCAAGGCAAAAGAAAAAGAUUCAAAAUCUUACAGCGAUGUCCAGUUUAAAUCAAAUUUCAAAUACAAAGAUUCAAGGCGUGCGACCCAUUCAGUUAAAGACGCAGAAAACAAUAGAGUAUCAUCACUAAGAAGGGAGACAAAAACAGCUCAAACGUUGAGUUUUGUUGUCGGAGGUUUUAUCGCGUGUUGGUUGCCAUUCUUCGUGUAUUACAUCCUCACCCCCUUUAUACCAAGCAACUAUGUAAACGAAGUUCUAAUGUACAUACUAACAUGGUUAGGCUGGUUCAAUUCCGCGAUAAAUCCAUUUAUUUACGCGUUCUAUUCUCCCGAUUUCAGAUUAGCAUUUUGGAGACUUACUUUCAGGAAGUGUAAACGGAAUAAGCGCCGGAUCUAAUUAAUUUAUUUUGUCAGGUUAUAUUCAGACAGUUUUAAUAUAGCAACCUAAAAUUGAGGUGAUUUUUUAUGUAGGAAAUAUUAAGAGGGUGAAAUUAGAUAAGCUUCGAAAUGUAUAUAACGAUUGUGGUAUAGUAUUAUAAUAGGUUACUAAAAUUCACGAUCAAAUUGGUGAUGUAAUUACAGGUCAGGUCAAGAUAAGCAAGAAAAUGAUUGGUGUGAGUGGAGGUAACAGAGGACCGUAGUAAAAAUUGAUCCGUAAACUUUGCUUCACCUUGGGAGACAUGCGCAAUUUAUUAGUAUUUAAGGCU